AUGGCCGACGUAAAGAUCUCAUCCGACCCUCCACCGGAUUACACGAAGGCCACCGAACAACUCACCCGGCCACGGGCGCCCUCCGCCGCUACCGGUGGUCCCGGCGGCCCGCGUGCGCCGCUCCCCCUCAACCUCCCCAUCCUCUCCUACCUCAAAUCCAAGCGCGUCAUCCUCGCCUCCGCCUCCCCGCGGCGGCGCGCCCUCCUCGCCCAGAUCGGCCUCAAGGACCUUGAAAUCACACCCUCGACGAAACCCGAGGACCUUGACAAGUCGGCCUACGGACCCUACGAGUACGUCUCCGCGACGGCCCGCCAAAAGUGUCUCGACGUGUACGAGACGGCCUUGCAGACGCACCUCGCCUCGAUCCCGGAUCCAGACGUCGUCAUCGCCGCCGACACCGUCAUCGUCACCCGCGACGGCCGCGUGCUGGAGAAGCCCCGGAGCGAGGCCGAGCACAUCAAGAUGCUGCGACACCUGAGGGACACCCGCGUGCACAGAGUCCUUACUGCGGUGUGCGUCGUCGCGCCGAGGGAGGACGCAAGAUCGCCGGGCUACGAGAUCGCCACGCAUACAGAGGAGACCAAGGUGUACUUUGCGCAGGAGUCCAAUGGCUUACCAGACGAUGUCAUUGAAGCCUACGUCAAAACAAGAGAAGGCGCGGAUAAGGCGGGUGGGUACGCGGUUCAGGGUAUGGGCGGCAUGUUGCUCGUUGAGAAAAUCGAGGGCAACUUUGAUAACGUGGUUGGCUUGCCGGUACGGCAGACGCUGGCGCUGGCGGAGAAGGCGAUCUUCAAGCAGGACGAGGAGGAGGUUGCUGAGGACGAGGAGGAGGACUUGAUGUGA